AUGGUUCAGUUACUCAAGAGCCUGGUGCUAGCUGGCCUUGCCACACUCUCAGUUGCCGCUGGUCCUGGUGGCCCCCCUCCCACAUACGAUAAGUCCGCCGUCCUCGACCUCAUCCCCAGCAACUUCGACAAGAUAGCAAUCUCAGGCAAGCCCGCGCUUGUAGAAUUCUUCGCACCAUGGUGCGGACACUGCAAAACCCUCGCCCCGAUCUACGAGCAGCUAGCACACGACUUCUCGUUCGCCAAGGACAAGAUUGUGAUUGCAAAGGUGGAUGCGGAUAGUGAAAAGAGCUUAGGAAAGCGAUUUGGCAUUCAGGGAUUCCCUACAAUUAAGUUCUUUGAUGGGAAGAGCGAGACGCCCACCGACUAUGAGGGCGGUAGGGAUUUGGAGAGCUUGUCUGAGUUCAUUACAAAGCAGACUGGAGUUAGGCCUAAGAAGGCGAGAGCCGUGCCUAGUCAGGUUGAGAUGUUAAAUGAUAAGACAUUUAAGGAGCAUAUUGGUGGGGACAAGGAUGUUUUGGUUGCUUUCACUGCACCAUGGUGUGGCCACUGCAAAACCCUCGCCCCCGUCUGGGAGAAGGUUGCCCAUGACUUUGCUAACGAGCCCAAUGUGCUCGUUGCAAAGGUCGAUGCCGAAGCCGAGAACGCGAAAGCCACUGCUCAAGACCAAGGCGUUUCUUCCUACCCGACUAUCAAGUUCUUCCCUAAGGGCUCCAAAGAAGCCGAACCAUACGAGGGUGGACGUGCUGAGGCGGAUGUCGUCGCUUUCUUGAACGAGAAGGCGGGCACCCACAGAGCUCCCGGAGGCGGACUAGACGCCUACGCCGGCACAAUCGAGGCUCUGGACGCCAUUGUCGCAAAGUUCACCGGUGGCUCUAGCCUCGCAGAGGUCACCGCUGAAGCUACCAAGGCUGCCCAGCAGUUGAAGGAGGAUGCUCAGUCCAAGCAUGCGGAAUACUACGUCAGAGUUUUCAGCAAGAUCGCCAAGAGUGACGGAUACGCCGCAAAGGAGUUGGCUCGCUUGGACGGUAUCAUUAAGAAGGGUGGUUUGACACCAGUGAAACUUGAUGAGUUCACCAGCAAAACCAACAUUCUUAGGAGGUUCAUUGCCAAGGCUGCUGGCAAGUCGGAAUUGUAA